GGACCUAUUCUCUUCAGAGUUGUCAUUGAUGGUAUCCUCUUCAGCUUGUCUAACCUGUUCCUCAAAUUGUUUUACUGAAUCAAAUAUAUCCCAUACUGAUUUCUUGACCAAUUACUAAGAGUGUUAGAAACUCUUUUCAGAUUUUGAUGAAAGAUCCUCAUUGGAUUUCCAUCAACAGGUCUUUCCCAACAAGAUGUCACAGUAGCAUGGAGGUUCUGAUUGUCAAUCCAGCAGUGUAAGAACUUGAAAUACUUGAUAGUAUUACUCUGUCUUUCAAUGCAUUCCAGCAGAAGAGGGCAAUGGUCAGAGCCAGUAGAAGCCAGGUGAUUAAGAGUAGUCACAGGCAUGGCCUCUAACCAAGCAUCAUUGACCAUAGCCCUGCCAAGUCUUUUCCAAAUUCUAGCCUGUUUAUCUCUAUUGUUACACCAUGUGAAUUGCUGUCCAUGGAAUCCAAGAUUAGUGAGUCCACAAGCGUCAAUGACACUGAUGAACUCAAAGCUCUUGUUCAUGUUAUAAGGCUGCCCCCACAUCUUUUCUUCAACAUCUGUAAUCACAUUGAAGUCUCCAAUGGUGCACCAAGGAGACAAUAGGAGGGGCUACAACUUCUAGACAGUAGGAGACAAUAAAGGGGCUACAACUUCUAGACAGUAGCAAUGCCCUGGUAACUCAGGUAAGAUUGAUACAACUUCUAGACAGUAGCAAUGUUAUUACUGUUCUCCUGGAGUUUAGUAGGAUCAUUUCUUGCAUUAUUGGAUUUAAAGAGCUCAACAUUAGUAGAAACUUUCAGAGGUCCAGGAGAACAGUAAUAACAUUGUUCUCAAUCAAACCAAGUUUCCUAAUACUAAUAUUUCCACCCCUCCCAAUCCUGUGAUCCCACAUACUAUGGUUACUAAGUUGAGAGCUCAAGAGGCCAUGAAAACUGCCACCAUUGAUAUUAGCCCCCCAAAAUAACUACAAAACAGGGAUUUCCAGCAGUUGUCUUCAGAAAGGAGGACUUCAUGGUGAAGCUGGCCACAAGGUGUAAGUAUACCCUCAUUGGCAAAUUUACAAACACCAUGCCCAAAAUGGAAAUUUUCAGAAGAGAAUUCAUCCUGCAGAUUGAGCUUAGAGGAGUAGUGAAACUCACUCAUUUUAAUUCUAGGCAUCUGUUUAUAGGCCUGGACAAUGAGUAUGAUCACUCUAAUGUCUGGUCCAAACGGAAAAUGUACAUACAGGGUCAACUAAUGAGACUAAAUAUGGACUCCCACUUUCAAACCAGAAGAAGAGACUCCUUUGGUUCCUAUAUGGGCAAUCUUACCUGAGUUACCAUGGCAUUGCUACUGUCUAGAAGUUGUAGCCCCUUUAUUGUCUCCUAUUGGCAAGGUCUUAUUUCUAGACUUAGCAACCUACAAAAAAACAAGGGGAAGUGUUGCCAAAGCAAAGGUCCAAAUUGAUCUCACAAAGAAAAGACCACAUCAUGUGUGGAUGGGGUUUGAUGAUGAUGAGAAUGGAGAAGGAAAAUGGCAACCAAUUCAAUAUGAAGGGGUUCCUGAGUACUGUGACUACUGCAAACAUCAAGGACACACCAAUAGAAUGUGUACUGUAAAGAGAAGGGAUGAGGAGAACAAAAGGAGCAGGAUGCAGUAGAGAAGACCAAAAACAAAACUAAUAAUGAGAAAAAUAAAGAUGUUCAGACUCAGGAAAAUGCAGGAAAUGAUGUUCAACCAAAAGUGUCUCAUAAUGACAAUAAGGAGAAGACUAAUCAAGACCAAGAGGGGUGGCAGGUCCAAAGAAGAAAAGGAAACAAAAACAAUCACCAAACUACAGUUCACAACAAACAACAGCAGGGAGUGCAGCAACAUCAACAAGCAGGUAUGAAUCUUAAUUCUGAAAGAACUGAAUCCCAAGAAUGUAAUAUUGGCCCUGGAGUCCAGGAUCAACCCCCCAACCCCAUGUAUACAGGAAUCCCCUCCCACAUACCCCCUCUGUACAGGUGACACAAGUUGCUGACAAACAGAACAAGGAAAAUGAAAUUCUAUCAAAAGAAGCACAACACAAGGCUAAUACAAUCAGCAGGGAGGGCUCAGCAACUGCUAAUAAUGAUCAGGAAUUUAAUGCUUCUAAUCAGGGAGCCACAGCUUUUGAUGAAAGAUCCUCAUUGGAUUUCCAUCAACAGGUCUUUCCCAACAAGAUCUCACAGUAGCAUGGAAGUUUUCAUUGUCAAUACAGCAGUAGCCGAGGUUGAGCAUGAGGCUGCAGGGGAAACAAGUAAUUAUGGUGUUGGUCAGGAGUGUUUGGAUAGAUUGUCUAUUGCAUUGGGUGGUGAUACUAUUGUUCCUAUCGCCUCUGAGCAGCUUGUUGCUUACAUGGCUGCCCCCGAGUGGAAGAAGCACCACGCUGCACUCAUUGCAAUUGCUCAGAUUGCAAAAGGUUGCUCAAAGGUAAUGAUUAAAGAUUUGGAGCAAGUGGUCAACAUGAUUGUGAUUACUUUCCAAGAUCGUCAUCCUCGAGUGAGACGGGCUUCUAUUAAUGCAAUUGGCGUAUUGGCAACUGAGUUGGGUCCAUAUUUUCAAGUACACUACCACAGCCGGGUGUUGCCAGUGCUUGCAGCAGCUAUGGAUGAUUUCCAAAAUCCAGAAAAACAGGCACAUGCUGCAUCAGCUGUCUACAACUUUAUUAAGAAAAACUGUGCCCCGGAGAUUUUGCUGCCCUACUUAGAUAGAAUAGUUAACAAACUGCUUGUACUUGUGCAGCAGGAUGUAAACGAAAUUGUGCAAGAAAAUGCAUUAAUUGCUUUGGCUUCUGUGGCUGAUUUAUCCCAGGAGCACUUCCAAAAAUACUACCAUCUUGUGAUGCCAUCUUUGAAAACUAUCUUGGUAAAUGCAAAUGAUGAAUUUAAUCGCUUGCUUCGAGCCCAAGUAAUGGAAUGCAUAAGCUUAAUCAUGAUGGCCGUUGGCAAAGAUAAAUUUGGAGAUGAUGCUAAGCAGGCUAUGGAAGUGCUUAUGUAUAUACAAGGGUCACAAAUGGAGACAGAUGAUCCUACUACUAUUUACAUACUAAAGGCAUGGGCUAGAUUUUGCAAGUGCUUAGGAAAGGAUUUUCUUCCUUACAUGAGUGUAGUCAUGCCUCCGUUGCUUCAUUCUGCGCAACUAAAGCUUGAUGUAACCAUUUAUUUUGCGGAUUCAGAAUCAGAUGGUGAUGAUGAUAGAAUGCAAUCUAUAAGGAUUGGGAUAAAUCCCAGUGUCAUAGACGAGAAGACUAUAGCCUGUCAACUGCUAUGCGACUAUGUUGAUGAGUUACAUGAGGAUUUCUAUCCUUGGAUUGACCAGGCUACGCAAGCAUUAGUUCCACUAUUGAAAUUGAAUUUCCAUGAGGAUUGUAGGAUAGCUGCGAUUUCAGCCUUGCCGAAGAUGUUACGUUCUGCUAAAGUGGCUGUUGAGAAAGGAAUUGCUCAAGGUCGAAAUGAAACAUAUGUGAAGCAGUUAUCAGACUACAUAAUGCCAGCCCUGUUGGAAGCUUUGCAUAAGGAGACUGACACAGAAUUAUGCCUGGGUAUGUUGCGAAAAGUGAACAAGUGCUUGAAGAUAUCUGCCCCACUCCUGGAUGAAGGUCAGGUCCGGAGCAUUGUGGAUGAGAUAAAGAAGGUCCUUACUGAUAGUUUUAAUCGAAAACUAGAACAAGCAGAAAGAACAAAAUCUGAAGACUUUGAUGCUGAGGAAUCUGACUUGAACUAUGAAGAAUUUGAACUAGAAGAGGACAUUUUUCACUACGUUGGUAAAAUAUUGGGCGUGCUGAUCGAAACAUUCAAGGCAGCCUUCUUACCUUUUUUUGAUGAGUUGUCUUCAUAUCUAAUGCCUAUGUGGGGCAAGGAUAAAACAGCUGAAGAAAGGAGGGUAGCAAUUUGUAUUUUUGAUGAUGUUGCAGAGCAUUGCCGUGAAGCAGCUCUAAAGUACUAUGACACAUAUGUUCCUUUUAUUUUGGAAGCAUGUAAUGAUGAGAGCUCAGAUGUCCGACAGGGAGCUGCUUAUGGACUUGCCAUAUGUGCAGAAUAUGGUGGUUCUGUUUUUAAAUCUCUUGUUGGAGAGGCUGUAUCACAGCUCAAUAUAGCUAUAGGGCAUCCUAAUGCUCAUCAACCUGAGAAUGUAAUGGCGUACAAUAAUGCUGUUACGGCACUGGGGAAGAUAUGCCAGUUUCAUUGUGACAGUAUUGACUCUUCCCAGGUUGUCCUUUCUUGGUUGAAUUGUCUGCCUAUGAAAGCUGACUUAACAGAAGCGCAGGCUAUACACGACCAACUCUGUUCGAUGGUUGAAAGGUCAGAAGGAGAACUAUUGAUCCCCAACAAUCAGUGCCUUCCAAAAAUCGUUUCAGUUUUUGCUGAGGUUCUAUGUGCCGAUGAGGAUCUUGCUAGCGAACAAACACGAAGCCGGAUGAUUAAUCUGUUGAGGCAGCUCCAGCAAACACUACCACCUGCAUCACUGGCUUCAAUCUGGUCUUCUUUGCAACCUCAGCAGCAAAUAGCACUGAAAUCAAUUUUAUCAUCUUAAACUAGUCAUUUUUUUUUAGUUUCAAAAAUAGAUGACAAGUUUUCUCCAAUGCAAUGGAACUGCUCGGCCUGUAGCUUCGUGAAUCAUGAAUUAUCAAAUAUUUGAUACUGAAUUAUUUCUCAUAUAUAUCAUUCAUUUGGGCGUGA